AUGAGCCACUCUCCGACGGACGAUCGCGACCUCAGCCCAUCCGCAACACAUGUCGGGAUUAGGCACUCUGAGGAGGAAAUCCUACAAGAUGGCAAUCAAUCCGAAUCUCAUGGAGACUCGGACUCGGAUUCGAAGGAUGAUGACAGUGAAAGCAAUGAACGCGGCCGAGACAAAACGCCCAGGCCUAGGCGGCUUACACUCGGAAAUCGGCGAAACUCCGAGGCUUUCGUCGACACGGGAGACAGAAAUGAGCUCGUGCGAAUUGCUACUGCGCUUUCGCGUCGCCAUUCCGUCGCCACCGGAGGACUUGCUCGCAUUCACACCCUCGCUACGCAGGACGAAAACGCACCGGCGCUAGAUCCUCAGAGCGAGCAAUUCGACCUGUCAAAAUGGCUGCAAAACUUCGUCAAGACCCUCCGCGAGCAGGGCGUGACGGCCAAGCAGACCGGCGUGCUGUUCAAGGACCUCCACGUCUCGGGAUCCGGAGCUGCCCUGCAGGUCCAAGAAACGGUGGGAUCGAUGCUGCUCAGCCCUCUGCGGAUCGGCGAUUUGUUCAGCUUUGGAAAGAAAGAAUCCAAGCAGAUUCUGAAGAGUUUUGAUGGGCUUGUCAGAAGUGGUGAGCUUCUCAUUGUUCUCGGUCGGCCUGGCUCGGGAUGCAGCACGCUUCUUAAGACGCUCUGCGGAGAGCUGCAUGGAUUGGCCAUCGACAGCAACUCCUCCAUUCAUUACAACGGCAUUCCCCAGAAGCUCAUGAAGAAAGAGUUCAAGGGCGAGGCCAUCUACAAUCAAGAGGUGGACCGACAUUUUCCUCACCUCACAGUAGGCCAAACUCUCGAGUUUGCUGCCUCCGUCCGAACCCCAUCUCACCGUAUCAACAACAUGACUCGGGCCGAAUUCGUCCAAUAUGUCGCACGAGUCGUCAUGGCAGCGUUUGGUCUGAGCCACACCUACAACACGAAAGUGGGAAACGACUUCAUCCGUGGUGUGUCCGGCGGAGAGCGAAAGAGAGUGUCUCUUGCCGAGAUGGUCCUGUCCGGAUCACCGUUUACCGCCUGGGACAACAGCACCCGUGGUCUCGACUCUGCAACUGCGUUCAAGUUCGUUUCUUCACUAAGAAUGGCUGCCGAUAUCAGUGGCCAGGCUCACGCUGUAGCCAUCUACCAAGCCAGCCAGGCCAUUUACGACCUCUUCGAUAAGACCAUCGUUCUGUACGAGGGUCGGCAGAUUUACUUUGGCCCUGCAGAACAGGCAAGGGAUUUCUUUGAGCGACAGGGCUGGCAUUGUCCGACACGCCAGACCACUGGCGACUUCCUCACAUCCGUCACCAAUCCGGUCGAGAGGAAACCCCGACCAGGAAUGGAAAACCAGGUCCCGCGCACUCCUGAAGAGUUCGAGCAGUAUUGGCGCCGAUCCCCCGAGUUCGGAGCCCUCAAGCACGAUGUCGACGCCUAUGAGCAGGAACAUCUAGUCAACAGAGAAGGAGAAAGUAUCGCUCAAAUGCGGGAGCAGAAGCACAAUCGACAGUCCAAACAUGUUCGACCCGGAUCGCCAUACACCAUCAGCGUCCUGAUGCAAGUCAAGCUUUGCACAAAACGGGCCUAUCAACGCAUCUGGAACGACAUCUCGGCAACCGGGACGCAGUGCCUUGUCCAGCUGGUCAUGGCCCUGAUCAUCGGAUCCAUCUUUUUCGGAACCCCCGACGCUACGGUUGGCUUCUACGCCAAGGGCUCUGUGUUGUUCAUGGCGAUUCUCCUCAACGCGUUGACGGCUAUUGCGGAAAUCACCAACCUCUACGCCCAGAGGCCCAUUGUAGAGAAACACGCUUCUUUCGCCUUUUACCAUCCUGCAUGCGAGGCUGCUGCAGGAAUCGUCUCCGAUAUCCCCAUCAAAUUUGCGACGGCGACUGUUUUCAACGUCGUCUUGUACUUCAUGGCCGGUUUGCGGCGAGAGCCAGGCAACUUCUUCCUUUAUUUCCUCAUCACUUACGUCUCUACAUUUGUCAUGAGCGCUGUCUUCCGGACAAUGGCUGCCAUCACCAAGACGGUGUCGCAGGCACUGGCACUGUCUGGAGUGAUGGUUCUCGCUCUGGUUGUCUACGCUGGCUUUACCAUCACGGUCCCAUCAAUGAAACCGUGGUUUUCUUGGAUUCGCUGGAUCAAUCCAAUUUACUAUGCUUUCGAGAUCCUUGUGGCAAACGAAUUCCACGGUCAGAACUUUACAUGCUCGGCCAUCGUCCCACCCUACACCCCUCUUAUUGGAGACUCGUGGAUUUGCGCUUCCGUUGGAGCUGUCGCAGGCCAACGCACCGUCAGCGGAGACGCCUUCAUUGCUCAGAACUAUGAGUACUAUUAUUCGAACGUGUGGCGAAACUUUGGUAUUCUCCUUGCCUUUUUGUUUGGAUUUAUGGCUAUCUAUUUUAUUUGCAUCGAGCUCAACUCCUCCACAUCGAGCACAGCAGAAGCACUUGUUUUCCAGAGAAGCCACAUCCCUGCCCAUCUUCUGAAUGGCAAUAGGCAAUCCCCAGGAGACGAGGAAUCGACCAUUAAUACGACAACCAAGGAUGAAACAAGUGGCGGAGAUGUGGGCACCAUUGAACCGCAGAAGGAUAUCUUCACCUGGCGUGAUGUUGUGUAUGAUAUCCAUAUCAAGAGUGAACAGCGGCGGCUGCUCGAUCAAGUUUCUGGAUGGGUCAAGCCUGGCACCUUGACUGCACUCAUGGGCGUCAGUGGUGCCGGAAAGACCACUCUUCUCGAUGUUUUGGCGCAGCGAGUGACGAUGGGCGUUGUCACUGGUGACAUGCUCGUUAAUGGGAAACCAUUCGAUGCGAGCUUCCAGCGCAAAACGGGCUACGUUCAACAGCAAGAUCUACAUCUGGAGACGGCUACUGUGCGCGAAAGUCUACGAUUUAGCGCCCUGUUGAGACAACCCAAGACCGUUAGCAAGGAAGAAAAGUACAAGUUUGUCGAAGACGUCAUCAAGAUGCUCAACAUGGAGGCGUACGCCGACGCUGUCGUGGGAGUUCCUGGUGAGGGCCUCAACGUGGAGCAACGGAAGCUCCUCACCAUUGGCGUUGAACUGGCAGCGAAGCCGAAGCUCCUCCUUUUCCUUGACGAGCCUACAAGCGGUCUUGACUCUCAGAGUUCCUGGGCCAUUUGCUCAUUCCUUCGAAAGCUAGCAAAUUCUGGUCAAGCUGUGCUUUGCACAGUCCAUCAGCCAAGCGCCAUUCUCUUCCAACAGUUUGACCGCUUGCUCUUCCUGGCAAAGGGUGGCAAAACAGUCUACUUUGGCAACAUCGGAGACAAUUCGCGCAUCAUGCUCGAUUACUUCGAGUCCAAGGGCGCUCGGGAAUGUGGAGAGGAGGAAAAUCCUGCCGAGUACCUUUUGGAAAUCGGCAACAGCGGCGGCAACGCCCAUGGCCAAGACUGGCAUUCGGUCUGGAAAGAAAGUAAACAGUGCGAAGAUAUGAAGACCGAAAUCGACAGGAUCCACGCCGAAAAGCAGAGCGAGAAGGUAGCUGGGGAAGAUGGCGCCCAUUCAAGCGAUGAAUUCGCCAUGCCGUUUUGGGCGCAGCUUCAGGCUGUCACCUAUCGAGUAUUCCAGCAAUACUGGAGGAUGCCCAGCUACAUUUUUGCAAAGUUCAUGCUUGGAAUUGCGGCUGGUUUGUUCAUCGGUUUCUCUUUCUUCAACUCUUCUAUUACGCUGGCAGGAAUGCAGAACGUCAUCUUCUCAGUCUUCCUACUCACGACGAUUUUCUCGACUGUUGUUCAGCAGAUUCAACCGCUCUUUCUCACUCAACGAGCACUAUACGAGGUCCGAGAACGGCCAAGCAAAGCGUACUCUUGGAAGGCCUUCAUCAUUGCAAACGUGAUUGUGGAAAUUCCCUAUCAGAUCAUCACGGGUGUUCUCAUAUUUGCUUGUUUCUACUACCCCGUUGUCGGCGUCCAAAGUUCCGACCGGCAAGUAUUAGUGCUGCUCUUCGUUACCCAGCUGUUCAUCUACGGAAGCGCCUUUGCACAGAUGACCAUCGCGAUAAUGCCCGAUGCACACACAGCAGCCAGUAUCGUCACACUACUGACUCUUAUGAGCAUCAUCUUCGCCGGCGUUCUACAGACCCCAGACGCGCUGCCCGGGUUCUGGAUAUUCAUGUACCGCGUCUCGCCUUUUACCUACUGGAUCGGCGGCAUCGUGGCGACGGAGUUGCACGGCCAAGUCGUGACCUGUUCCAAGGGAGAGAAUUCCAUCUUCAAUCCACCUUCCGGACAAACGUGUGGCGAAUAUCUCAAGGCAUUCCUGACCCAGGCGCCGGGGCAGUUGCAAAAUCCCCAAGACACGGAGCAAUGUCGAUAUUGCGCUUUCAGCAACGCUGAUCAAUAUCUCUCAGGCUCCAAUAUCUAUUGGAGUCAGCGGUGGCGGAACUACGGCAUCUUUUGGGCUUACAUUAUCUUCGAUAUUUUCAUGGCAACCGCUUUGUACUACGUCUUCCGUGUGAAGAAAUGGUCAAAGAAAUAG